ACCCAAAAAAAUAUCUCCCACCAUUCACCAUUUCACCAGAACUACGUGGACCAAAAGUGGCGUCAAACCUCUCAUUUCUUCUCCUUCUGGAACUUUCCCGACCUCAAAGCUUUCAUUUUUACGGUCCCCUUAGGCCUUAGAUAUUUUGUAUGCAACGCCCCACCGCCGCUCAACCGCCUCCUGUCAUCAUAUAUACCCUUUCAAGUUCCACCCAUCUUAUCUUUGAUACCUGUCACAUAAUCCCACUGUACUGUGUCGUAAUUUUGAACAGAGAGAGUUUUUCGAAAAUGGAGUCCGGUGGGGGGUCGUCCCCUUCGUAUUACGCCAUUCUUGGCGUGAGCGAAGGGUCUUCCGACGAGGAACUGCGGCGGGCAUACAGAAAACUCGCUAUGCAAUGGCACCCGGAUAAGUGGACGAAGAACCCGUCGUUGUUAGGGGAAGCCAAGCGGAGGUUUCAGCAGAUUCAAGAAGCGUAUUCCGUUUUGUCUGAUCCGAGGAGGAGGACUCUGUACGAUGCUGGGUUGUAUGAUUCUCGCGAAGAUAACGACGAGGUUGAGGGGUUCGCGGAUUUUGUACAGGAAAUGGUGUCUCUCAUGAAGGAUGUGAGGAGAGAGGGUAAGAGUUACAGCAUGGAGGAGCUUCAAAGCAUGUUUUGGGAUAUGGCCAAGGGAUUCGAGGUUCCAGAAUGGCCAAAUCUAUCUCAGUCGUCUUCUCAGUGGUUUUCGGGGGCCAUGAGUUUCAGUGAAAGUUCUGCAACUUCGAAGGGAGCUUCCUUGGAUUCAAGCAUGGCGGAAUGCAGUCCCUUCUUAGACUUCUCAUAUAUGGAGAUGCGCGGAGUAAAUCCUUUCUGCAGAUAGAUCAUAGAUAGAAAUAAUGCAGUUAGGAGUAAAAGUGAAGUGAUUUUGUAAUGCCUUUCUUCAUCCUCCUGCCUGUAUAUACCUUAGUUUUCCUUCCA